AUGAAUACUCAUAAUGCCAAUUAUAAUGACAACCAAUUGAGUGAUGAAUCGGAAGAGCACCGGGAGAUACAGGGAUUGCAUGAAGUGUUGGACGAGAAUAGUGGUGAACCGGAAGCACAUGUGGUGUCAGAGGAGACACAAAAAGUGCAGACUUUGGACACAGAGGUCGACGACAGAGACAGAGAUGAGACGGAAGGACCGGAAGAGAUGUCGGGACCAAAAGAGGGCGAAGAGAGUGGUGUCGGAGAGGAUGACAGAGAAGGCAUCGAUAAUUGUGAGCCCAUUGUCAGCACUAGUAGUUCAGGUGCUAAGAGUAUACCAAAUGAUCGCCCAUUUGUGUGUUUUUGGCCCAAAUGUGGCAAACGAUUCACUCGAAAAGAUCAUCUAAAUCGACACAAAAGUGCCGUCCAUUUGAAGGAAAAGAGAUUGAAAUGCGAUUAUAAGGGAUGUGGUCUGAGGUUUGCGAGGACUAGAAAUGUAAUUCUUCACAAACGGGUCCACUCGGGAGAGAAACCAUAUGUCUGCGAUGUCAUGGAUUGUGACAAACGAUUCGCAAAGAAAUCCUAUUUAAAUCAACACAAGCGUGCCGUUCAUUUGAAGGUUAAAGGAUUUAAAUGUUAUUAUAAGGGAUGCGACCAAAGAUGUGCUCUGAAGAGUGAUUUAAAUCGUCACAAACGGGUCCACUCGGGAGAGAAGCCCUACGCCUGCGAUGUCAUGCAUUGCGACAAACGAUUCACAAAGAAAUCAACGGUAAUUCAACACAGAAAUGCCGUUCAUUUGAAACUUAAACCAUUUGUUUGCGAUGAAGACAAUUGCGGCAAAAAAUUCACCGAAAAGGCGGCACUUAUUUAUCACAAACGCAUUCAUACGGGAGAAAAGCCAUACGUUUGUGGUCACAAAGAUUGCGGCAAACUAUUUGGUCAGUGUUUGGCUCAAGACAUCCCGUGGGAACCCCGGGCCAGAGAGAUCAUAUUCGUGGGCGACUCCAUCACACAGGGCUGGCAGAGCCUCGGGAAAGCUGUUUGGGACAAGUAUUACACGCCCAGACAUGCGUACAAUUACGGCAUAUCGGGGGACAGGACUGAGAAUGUGAUCUUCAGAAUACGAGACAAGGAAUUCGAUGGACUCAACCCCAAAGUGGCUGUCCUUAUGAUCGGCACGAAUAAUAUCGGUUGGAAUAAUACAGUCGAAGACGCGGCACAUGGAGUACAAGAAGUUCUUAAGGAAUUAACUGCCAAAAUGUCGACCACUAAAGUCAUACUACUAUCCAAUUUGCCGCGAACUCAACCAAACUGCUCUAAAUGCAAACAACUUAAUGUUUUACUCGAGAAGUUUGCCGACAAUAAGACUAUCUUUUAUCUGGACCUGUGGUCACACUAUGAGACUCCGGAUGGCAAACAAAAGUUUGAGCUCUUUGUCGAUAAACUACAUCUCAAUGAGAAAGGCUUUGAGGUGUGGCAACAGACUAUGGAUCCCAAUCCUUGGGAACCCCUGGCCAGGGAUGACUUGUUUUGGAUGAACAGACACCGGGCGCUCAUUAAGCAGACGGUCGCACAUAAAACGGACGCACAGAUCAUAUUAGUCGGCGACUCCAUCACCGAGGACUGGGGCUCUCAGGGGAAGGAAGUGUGGGACAAGUAUUACGCGCCCAGACAUGCAUACAAUUACGGCAUUUCGGGCGACAAGACUGAGAAUCUGAUCCAUAGAUUAAGAAAUGGUGAGUUGGAUGGACUCAACCCCAAAAUCACAGUCCUUAUGAUCGGCACGAAUAAUAUCGGAUGGGGUGAUAGGGUUGAGGACAUCGCCCGUGGAGUUGAAGUGAUUGUCAAUGAAUUGUUGGCCAAAAUGUCGGACACUAAACUCAUUUUGUUAGGAAUACUCCCAAUGGUUGACUCGUGUAAUGCUAGAGUGAGAAAGGUUAAUUCAUUGAACAAGAAGUUAAAUAACGAUAGGAAUGUCUUUUUCCUGGACAUGUGGUCAUCAUUUGAGGGCACAGUUGGCACACAAAACACAGAACUCUACGCAUACGACAGACUACAUCUCAAUGAGAAAGGAUAUGAGUUGUGGCAGAAGACUAUGGAACCACUGCUUAAGAAGUUGGACCCAAAUCUAUAG